UUUCCGGGACAGCACGUGUGUCAUACAAACAAACAGAAACCGCGGAAGAGCGAGACUGUUGGAGAAAAUGCUGCGACGGCGGAAAGACUGUGCAGGUGUGAGAUGUCCUGAGGUCUGACGUGACGAGAUUACUGCUGCUGCCACAGCAGGAGGCUGGGUGGCAGAGACAUCAUGGCUUCACCUGACAGACAUGGAGGACAUCCGUCCACAUCAAACCCAAAGCUCUCUGUGUCUGAGGACGACGGAGAGGACCAGCCGUGUCCUGAUGAUGCAGAGAGACUGAAGCAGCAGCAGCUUCUGUGUGGAGAGGCUCUGAAUACAAAGGAGAAGUUAAGUUUCACACCUGAACUGCUGACCGAGUCUGGAAAGACUUCAUACAGGUUCAGGUGUCCUGGUCCAGGUGUGUUCCAGUGUGCUUUGACUGGACUGGUGUUUGUUGUGGCUCAGGAGGCGGAGCUGCUGUACCGGACUGUCCAAUGGGAUGAGAGCCUCCUCCAAUCAGCCGGCAAGACGGCUGCAGGGCUGCUGUUCAGUAUCGAGUGUCCUGAGAACGCUGUCUGUCAGCUCCACCUGCCGCACUGUGAAACAAAGGAUGCUCUGCUGCCUGAUGGUCUGCUGUCAGUCGUCCACAUCACUGAUGAUGGAAUGAGCAUCCUCGACCCGCUGGAGAUUACAGACACUCAUGUGGUUGUCAAAGUCCCUCACCUCUCUGCCUUCGGCCUAGUCUGGGAUAUCGUUAAGAGGUUGUGGACGACACCAGUUUGCGGCCAAGUUCUGCUGUUCCUCGGACCCCCAAACACAGAAACACAGAGGCAACAACUCAAAUUGUUUCUCCUGCCGAGCAACAUCCAUCUGGACGAGGUGAACAAACGACAGCAACAGCGACAUGCUGAGAACAUCGAGGUUCCUUCCACAUGCAUUCUCAUCGCAGAUGAAAGUUACACUGUCGACUGUCCUCAGGCCAUCAAAAUCCAGCCUAAGAAUGCACCUUUUAAACUGCAAUAUGGACCAAAUUACCACCCAACGUUUGAGAUCCGCCUGCCCACAAACACAGAAGAAGUGACUAUAAAGGUCCAAGACCAAAGAAAGUCGGAGGUUUGGGAGCAUGCAGUUGAUCUGAAAGUAUGUCCUCCAGGCUGAGUACCCAGAAAGCCUGAAGUGUACUUUGGAGUUUCUUCAGAGAGUCGUGCUGCAUGUGAACGGAGAAACACUGAAACCAGAGAUCCUUUCCUUAAAAACAGGCUGUAAACUCUGAAAGCAGCUCAACACACACAGAUCUGUAGUAAAAAGGUCUGCAGACUGGUGGAAACUGUUUGCAGCUCCAAGUGUUUUCUUGGUAAAAGCGCUUUGUGUGUUCUUAGUGUUGAUUAAAGGUUGUACAUUUUAAAAGUUUAUUAACAGGAUGCUAAAGAAUGAGACGGCAGCUUUAAGCAGGAAUCACAGCCUUUACAUUCAUCUCCUUCCUUCUUGGUUUCACUUCAUUUCUCUGAAGAUGAAGCUGCAGAGACUCCAAACACUCGUCAGCUUUAUGUUGUUGUCACAUUCAUGUUGUUGCAGUGACGUGUUGUACAGUAAAGGUUUUAAAUACA